UGGGGACCGCCAGGCUCCGCCCGUGCCCCUUGCCCGGCCGGGGUCCUCGGCUCGUGCUCACGGAUAGCAGCCACCGGGGCGGAGAGAGAUGUCGCCCGGGGCCAGCCAGGGUCCCAGGGGAAGCCGGGCGCCGCCGAUCGCACCCGUCUGCUGCGCUGCGGCCGCGCUGGGGAUGCUGCUGUGGUCCCCCGCCUCGCAGGCGUUCAACCUGGACGUGGAGAAGCUCACGGUGUACAGCGGCCCCGAGGGCAGCUACUUCGGCUAUGCGGUGGACUUCUACAUACCCGACGCCCGCACAGCGAGUGUCUUGGUGGGGGCACCCAAAGCCAACACCAGCCAGCCCAAUAUCGUGGAAGGAGGAGCCGUCUAUUACUGUCCUUGGCCCGCGGAGGGGUCUGCACAGUGCAGGCAGAUACCGUUUGACACCACCAACAACAGAAAGAUUAGAGUUAAUGGAACCAAAGAACCUAUCGAGUUUAAAUCCAAUCAGUGGUUUGGAGCAACAGUGAAAGCACACAAAGGAAAAGUGGUGGCCUGUGCUCCUUUGUAUCACUGGAGAACUCUUAAGCCAACACCAGAAAAGGAUCCGGUUGGCACCUGUUAUGUAGCAAUCCAGAACUUCAGCGCCUACGCCGAGUUCUCUCCUUGCCGGAACAGCAAUGCUGAUCCGGAAGGCCAGGGUUACUGCCAAGCCGGAUUUAGUCUGGAUUUUUACAAGGUGCUGCAUAGGCCAAAGGCAGCCCAAAAGUUAACUAACGUGGAAAGCAAGCAUCCCUCAACUGAGAUCUGCACCUUGCGUAGGAGUUACUUACAUGAAGAGAGGAGGGACCCUGUGCAGACGUUCUGUGGGAGGCAGGAGGGCCGUGUAGGUCAAGUAAUCACUGCCAGUGUUGCAGAUAUCAUUGCAAAUUACUCAUUCAAGGAUAUCCUCAGGAAACUGGCAGGAGAAAAGCAGACGGAAGUAGCUCCAGCUUCCUAUGAUGACAGUUACCUUGGAUAUUCAGUUGCUGCUGGGGAGUUUACUGGGGAUUCUCAGCAAGAAUUGGUUGCUGGAGUUCCAAGAGGAGCACAGAAUUUUGGAUAUGUUUCAAUCAUUAACUCUACAGAUAUGACCUUUAUUCAGAAUUUCACUGGCGAACAGAUGGCAUCUUAUUUUGGAUAUACUGUGGUCAUAUCAGAUGUAAACAGCGAUGGACUGGAUGACGUCCUGGUUGGGGCACCUCUCUUUAUGGAACGUGAAUUCGAGAGUAACCCCAGGGAAGUAGGGCAAAUCUACCUGUAUUUGCAAGUGAGCUCUCUCCUCUUCAGAGACCCCCAGAUCCUCAUUGGCACAGAGACUUUUGGGAGAUUCGGUAGUGCUAUGGCGCAUUUAGGAGACCUGAACCAAGACGGAUACAAUGACAUUGCCAUUGGCGUGCCCUUUGCAGGCAAGGAUCAAAGAGGCAAAGUGCUCAUUUAUAACGGGAACAAGGGUGGCUUAAACACCAAGCCUUCCCAAGUGCUGGAAGGAGUGUGGGCCUCACAGGCUGUCCCUUCCGGAUUUGGCUUUACUUUAAGAGGAGAUUCAGACAUAGACAAGAACGAUUACCCAGAUUUGAUUGUGGGUGCAUUUGGAACAGGAAAAGUCGCUGUUUACAGAGCAAGACCGGUUGUGACUGUAGAUGCCCAGCUUCUGCUGAACCCAGUGAUUAUCAAUCUUGAAAAUAAAACUUGCCAGAUUCCAGACUCUACGACCUCCGCAGCCUGCUUUUCUUUGAGAGUAUGUGCAUCUGUCAGAGGCCAGAGCAUUUCGAACACAAUAGUCUUGAUGGCAGAGGUGCAAUUAGAUUCCCUGAAACAGAAAGGGGCCAUUAAACGGACGCUUUUCCUUGAUAACCAUCAGGCUCAUCGCGUCUUCCCUCUUGUGAUAAAACGGCAGAAAUCUUCUCACCAGUGCCAGGAUUUCAUCAUUUACCUUCGAGAUGAAACUGAAUUCCGAGAUAAAUUAUCUCCAAUCAACAUUAGUUUGAAUUACAGUUUGGAUGAAUCCACCUUUAAAGAAGGCCUGGAAGUGAAACCAAUAUUGAACUACUACAGAGAAAACAUUGUUAGUGAACAGGCUCACAUUCUGGUGGACUGUGGAGAAGACAAUCUGUGUGUUCCUGACUUGAAGCUGUCAGCUAGACCAGAUAAGCAUCAGGUAAUCAUUGGAGAUGAAAAUCACCUGAUGCUCAUAAUAAAUGUGAGAAAUGAAGGGGAAGGAGCCUAUGAAGCUGAACUCUUUGUAAUGAUACCAGAAGAGGCAGAUUACGUUGGGAUCGAACGCAACAACAAGGGAUUUCGACCACUGAGCUGUGAGUACAAGAUGGAAAAUGUAACCAGGAUGGUGGUGUGUGACCUUGGGAACCCUAUGGUGUCUGGAACAAAUUAUUCUCUGGGCCUCCGAUUUGCAGUUCCACGUCUUGAGAAAACAAACAUGAGCAUUAACUUCGAUCUCCAAAUCAGAAGUUCCAACAAGGACAAUCCAGACAGCAAUUCUGUGAGCCUGCAAAUCAACAUCACUGCUGUGGCGCAGGUGGAAAUAAGAGGAGUGUCACACCCUCCACAGAUUGUUCUGCCCAUUCACAACUGGGAACCAGAAGAAGAACCCCGCCAAGAGGAGGAGGUUGGACCACUGGUGGAACAUAUUUAUGAGCUGCACAAUAUUGGACCAAGUACGAUCAGUGACACCCUCCUGGAGGUGGGCUGGCCUUUCUCUGCCCGGGAUGAAUUUCUUCUCUAUAUUUUCCAUAUUCAAACUCUGGGACCUCUGCAGUGUCAAACAAAUCCUGAUAUCAAUCCACAGGAUCUAAAGCCUGCUGCCUCCCCAGAGGACACCCCUGAGCUCAGCGCCUUUUUGCGAAACUCUACCAUUCCCCACCUUGUCAGGAAGAGGGAUGUGCCUGUGGUUGAAUUCCACAGACAAAGCCCUGCAAAAAUACUGAACUGUACAAAUAUCGAGUGUUUACAAAUCUCCUGUGCAGUGGGACGACUCGAGGGAGGAGAAAGUGCAGUCCUGAAAGUCAGAUCACGAUUAUGGGCCCACACGUUCCUCCAGAGAAAAAAUGAUCCCUAUGCACUUGCAUCCCUGGUUUCCUUUGAAGUUAAGAAGAUGCCUUAUAAAGAUCAGCCAGCAAAACUCCCAGAAGGAAGCAUGGCAAUUAAGACAUCAGUUAUUUGGGCAACCCCGAAUGUUUCCUUCUCAAUCCCAUUAUGGGUAAUAAUACUAGCAAUACUUCUUGGAUUAUUGGUUCUGGCCAUUUUAACCUUAGCUUUAUGGAAGUGUGGAUUCUUUGACAGAGCCAGACCUCCUCAGGAGGACAUGACCGACAAGCAACAGCUGACAAAUGACAAGACCUCUGAGGCAUGACAAG